UGUCGCGCACUGAUAACGGACCGUUCGUUCACAGAAUAGGGACGCGAGACCGCCUCGUGACUGUUUGAAAAACGAGACUUAGCCCACGCACACAUUGUCAGAACAGCGUUCUGUAAACGUCAUUAUGUAAUUAAAUUCACACCUCAAUAAAUUUGUGUAUUAACAUUUGCUAUUUCGAGCUUCACUAGUAGUAGUCAAUAUAAUUCCGUCAAAUUUUACGUUAACGUGUGUAAGCCGUCACUGUGAAUGUGAAGUUUUAUUAUCCAGAAUUCCCGCCGCUUGUUUUACCGAUGCGACUCCUGACGAGAAAAGUUAAUGAAUGAAUCCCCGCAGCCCCCCCCCCACUGGGUCUGUGAGCGUGGAGUGUGGUAAACUGCAGUACUCCUCCCAUAACUGGCGGGGAACACAGCAGAGAGCCGUUAUGUGUGUGUGUGUGUGUGUGUGUGAGAGAGAGAGAGAGAGAGAGACAUAUCUCCCGCGACGCAGAGCCCUGUGUGGGGGGUGUGGCGGCAGCAGAGCGCUGGACAGCGGGGGACGGUGUGUGUGUUUCAGCGGCACGAUGAGCCCAGUGAGAGCGCUGCGGCGGUGUGUGUUCCUGCUGCUCGUCUGCGUGCGGAGUGUGUGCGCGCUGGACAGUAAAGCAUCCCUGUUAGUUGCUGUUGAGCCCGAGGACCCAAAAUGCUUUGCCGAAGGGAUGCGAGACCUUACUUGUUUCUGGGAGGAGGAAGGCAGCCGAAGUCCAGACGACUACGCUUUCACGUACAUGUACCAAGAAACAAAUGAGGAGAGCAGCAAAUGUGCUCUGACAGCCCAGUCAGUAGGGGGCAGUAAAACACGGUACAUCUGCCGACUCCCUAGCGUUCAGCACUUUGUGCCUCUGGACGUCAGUGUUUUUCAGGACGGACGCCUUAUCUACAACCGCAACCUGUUGAUUGACCAUGUCUUCCUGUUAGAUCCACCAGCCAACGUGACGGUGACCCAGACGGGGGAACAGGAGCAGCUGAGGGUAUGCUGGCUGCCUCCUGCUCUCAUGGACAUGGAGAACAGUAUGAUGUAUGAAGUGGAGUACGCCCCCACCGGCAGCCACAUGGGCAAGCGGGAAAGCGUCCGUGCCAGGUCUGAGAUCAUCCUGCACAGCUUGCAGCCUGACACACGGUACAACAUCCGGGUGCGAGCCAAGCCUGAUGGCCUUUCCUACAGUGGGUACUGGACUGCUUGGGCACCCUGGGUCUCCAUGACGACACCCCCUGCUGAAAUGGAUCUCCUUAUCCUUGCCUUGUGUGUCGUCAUCUCCCUCAUCUUGAUCCUGCUCUCGCUCACCCUGCUCCUGUCUUACCGCAGGUUUCUGCUGAAGAAGGUGUGGCCUGUCAUCCCGAGUCCUGAAAACAAGUUUGACGGACUCUUCAGUGUGUAUGGAGGCAAUUUUCAUGAGUGGCUGGGCGUUGGAAAUAGAGGCUUUUGGUGGAGUCCUACCUUCCUGUUGGUGGAGGAGAGUCCAUCUCCGCUGGAGGUGCUCUCUGAAGCAGGUUUCACGGCCCCAGUUCCUGUCCAUCCCAUGCCCUUCAAGGCCUUGGGACUGAGCAAGAAGGAAGUGGAAGAGGAUGAAAGAACAGGAGGGCAAGACUCUGUGUUGAUGGGGAGACGAAAAGGGAAGGCACACCCGCACUGGGUACUUGAACAACUGCAGUCCCUGGACCAACCAUCUGUGCCCUGCUGCGAGCUGCACACACUGGAGCCCAGUGACACUUACGUGUCCCUGAACUACAGGUCCCAGCAAGAUAGUGGUGCUAUGAGUCCGUUAGCUGACAUAUCAGAGGAAUCGUUGCCACUGCAGGUCCUCUUUGAAAGUCCAGGAACCCCCACCUCCUUCUCCGAUUUGGAGUCUGUGACAUAUAGCUCAGGGUCGGGAGAAAUAUCCUCCCAGUCUAGUCUGGAGUACCCCUAUGGAGCCUGGCCACUAAAGGGACCAAGCUACAUCUCCAUGACAGUAACCGAUUCAGGGAUCUCCACGGACUACAGUCACAUGAGUUGGGGCACCACUGGGUUAGGGGACUUGGCCAUGGCCUACACCAAUGAGUACAAAAACAAGGUCCCUGCUCCCAGGUUGCCCCCCCAUGGGCACACUGUUUAUUCUUACUAUUGAAAGUUUGAGAUCUCUGUAAAAAGUGGAUUCGGUGCAAACUUGGGCUCUCGAGAGGAGUAUCAGUAGACUGUCGGAACAAAAAGCAAAAACUUUUCUGGUGGGAAUGCUCUGUAUUACAGUAUCUGUAUGAAGGGGACUUCAAGUUUCAAGUUUAAGUUUAUUGUCGUAGAUGCAAGUACCAUGUACAUG